AUGGAGGAGCUGCGCGUUUCGAUGGAGGCGCUGAACGCCCGGCUGCAAGCACAGGAAAACGUCGCGCAGCAGCUCCAGGGCGAGAGGCAGCAGCUCCAGCAGGAGCUCCAGCAGGCCAGGCAGGCGCCUCGCGUGGAGCCGGCGCCACAUCCGACCGGGGUGGUCGACACCAGAGUGAUGGGCAAGCCGGGCGAGUUCGCGGGCGACGUGACGAUGUUCGCGGAGUGGAGCUUCAAGAUGAGGUCCUACCUCGGCGCCGUGGACCACAGGUACCAGGGCAAGCUGAUGGAUGCAGAGCAGUCGCAGGUCACGAUUCGGAGCGCCACGAUGGAGCCAGACAUCGCCAGGCUCAGCACGCAGCUGUACUACAUCCUUGUGAUGAUCACGUCCGGGUCGGCACUGGACAAGUGCCACAACGCGGGGGUGAACGAAGGCUUCGAGGCGUGGCGCCAGUUCGUGCUGGAGUUGGAGCCGAGGCUGAGGGGCCGAUUCGUCGUCGAUCUUCGCAUGCAGGCGAUGGCUUACAAGUUCACGGGAGACAUUCCCAGCGCUCUCGCAGCCUUCGAGCGCCCCGUGCCGGACUACGAGAGCCAGUCCAACAAGAAGAUAGACGACGAGAAGAUCGGCGUGGCUCUGCUGGGCAUGGAGGGCCCCAGGGCCAAGGGGCCCUUGAUUCGGAGCAGCGCCGGCUUCGACGCGCGGCCCAAGAUGCGCGAGGAGAUUUUGGAGAUCAUCCGGACCCAACAGUGCGUCGACUCGCAGCCGACUCCCAUGCAGCUCGGCGCCAUCCCUCGGGGAGGCAAGGACCCCAAAGGCGGGGGGCCGAUAGGGGGCAGGGAUCCGAAGGGCGGGGGCGAGAAAGGCAAGGACAAGGGGGGCAAGGCCGACGGCGGGAAGAACUCGAACGGCGAGAAGGAGUGUUUCUAUUGCAGGAAGAAAGGCCACGUGAAGAGCGAGUGCAGGAAAAGACAGCGGGACCUCGCCGCGGCGGAGAACAGGCGGGGGCCGCUCGCCGCGACUCCAGGAGGACAGAGCGCGCCAUCCUCGGGGGGUCCGCCGCCGCCGCUGGUCCAGCCACCGCCAGGGCAGCCGCUGUCGGCGCUGCUGCAGAGCCAGCGCGCGUCGACCUUCGCCCUCGAGGAGCCCUGGCCGCUGCCGCAGGCCGCUGCCGCAGCAGGCAGCGGCAGCGCAUCGGCCGCGGCAGGCCGCGACGCGGACGGACCCGUUCCAGUGCUGGCAGCGACGCGGACGGACGCGAAGUACCUCAUGAUCGACACUCGCGCUGGGGUCGCGGCGAGGCGGAACGAGGCCGAGGUGAAGUUGAUCGUGAGCGUCGGGGAGGCGGCAUGCCAGGGCAACUGGUUCGUCUUCGGCCCCGGUCACCAGGUGAUGCUGCCCAGCGAGGUGUCGAAGGUCGAGUUCGACGCCCGCCAAAUCACGCACUUGCCGUUCCGCUCGCGGAGCCCCCACUGCGCAAUGGGCAAGGCCAGCGACGGCGCCCAUCACCCGCGCCCUGACGCAACCAAAGGCGCGGCCAGGUUAGCAAUGAAUUAUUUCUUCCUAGCGAGGGCCAUCGGCCCGCGGCGUUUGAAGUCCGUGCUCGACUGCCUGGACAUGCUCAGCGGCGCCGUCUUCGCAGCGACGGUGGUCAAGGGCGGCGAUCCGUGCGCGCUGGCCGUCGCCAUCGUGGCUCUGAUGCACGCGUUCCGGACGCGCGCGACGAUCCUCUGCGACCAGGAGAACGCCGUCGCGACGCUGGCCGAAAACGUCCGGGACAGCGGGGCCCACGAGACAGCGCUGCUGAACACCUUCAAGGGGUCCAGCGCCAACGACGGAGGCAUCGAGCAGGCGAACUGCGAGGUCGAGAAGCAGUUCAGGACGCUCAGGCACGCAGCCUGGCUUCUGAACCUUUUCCAGGUCAAAUCGGACGGUGGGGCGGCAUGCGAGAGGCUUCGCGGUCGACCUUGCCGUGGCCAGGUUUCGGAGUUCGGCGAGUCCGUUUGCUACCGGGGCCCGCAGAGUGCGCCCGACAUGCCCAAGCUCGACGACAGGUGGAUGCUGGGCGCGCGGGUCGGCGAGAGCUUGGCCUCCGACGAGCGCUACAUUGGCACUCCUGCCGGGGUGCGCCGACGCCGGUCCAUCUGGAGGCGCCCGGAGAGCGCGCGCUGGGACCGGAAGAUCUUGGAUGCCAUGGUCGGCGAGCCCUGGAAUCCCAAAGGCGCCAGCGAUGCGCCGAAGGCGGCCGCUGCGAGGGGCGUCUACAUCACGUUGGACAGGCAGAUCCAGCGCGGCGGCACUCCAGGGUGCCCGGACCUUCUCGCCGCAGCCGAGUUGGUCGACUCGGAGUGGGCCCAGCAGAUCAUCGACUGGGGGCGCGCCUACGACGGAGUCAAAAGCGGCACGGUGCUGGACAAGCAGAAGGUGUGCGAGGGACGCGUCUGCGAGCUCGCGAACAUGGUGAGGCUCGGCGUCGUUGAGCCGAUCUCUAUCGCGGAUGCUCGUUCGCUCGGCCUGAAGAUCGUCGACCCCAAGUGGCUGGAGGACGAGCAGCCGAACCCCGAGGGCGAGCAGGCGAUGAGGUGCAGGCUCGUGGCGACGCAGGUGGACACCUACAACCGGGAGGACGCCACCCAGGCCACGCCGCCGAUCAAGGCGCCCAGGAUGAUCAGCACGGCGGCCACGAAGACCAAUGCCAAGGGGCGGCGCGACCGGUUAAUCGGCCGGCACGACAUCCGAGUGGCGUUUUUCCACGCCACCGGGUCGGGGAAGGUGGUAAUCAUUCCACCUCGUGGCCUGGCGCCUCCCGGCGUGGGCUGGCGAGCCCUGAAGGUCGACCGGGUGUUGACGAGGCACUUCGAUGCGAAGGUCUUACCACGGAUCGGGCCGCCCGCCCACAGUGGCGAGGUGGCAGAAGGGCAGCACCUGGGGAGGGCGAUACGGUGGACGGCCGAUGUUUUCGAGUGGCAGGCGAAUCCCAAGCACAGAGACGAUCUCUUGACCCUGGCAGGCCUCGACAAGGACUCGAAGGGUGCACCGACGCAGUCGUCCAAGUCGACCGCGGCUGGCAGGUGUUGCACGGCCUGCAGCUACAGCGCGUGGCUCAAGUACCCGACGGAGGUGUGGCUCUUCAGGUGCCAGAAGGAGCCCGGUGGCCUAUGCGUCUACACGGAAGCGGACUGGGCAGCAGACGAGCUGACGAGGCAUGCGCGGCCGGACGCGCCCGGCAAGGUCCGGCAUUUGGCGAUCGAGGAGUUGUGGGUGCAGGAGGCGUUGGGUAACAAGGAGUUCGGGCUCGCGGUCGCGGACGCUCCUGACCCGGCACCGCCCCUGAUCGAGAGGCUCACGCCCAGGAGUGCCCUGGGGUGA